AUGGACAAGGAAAAUGUAGUGAAGAGGGUCGCAGAGGUGCGAGACUUUGACGAAAUCACUGCCUUUCUUGGAUCGUGGGGGCCCUACCAGCGAAUGGUGUUCCUGGCUCUGGCCAUCAGCAUCCUUCCAAACGGCUUUGUAGGUAUCUACAUAGUGUUUGUAGGUGACACCCCUCCUCAUGAAUGCUACAUACCUGAGGAGUCCAACAUCAGUGAGGUGUGGAGGAAUGUGACCAUCCCUCUGGUGACUGUAGAUGGGGUGACAAAGCAGAGCUCGUGUUCCAGGUUAAACCUGGACAUAGUCAGGAACUACUCCAGUCAGAAUAUCCUACCAGAUGUACACAUUAACCUGAGUAACAUUCCACUGGAGAGCUGUCUGGAUGGAUGGAAGUACAGCAGAGAGAUAUACCUGUCAACUAUCGUCACAGAGUGGGACCUGGUGUGUGACAACGCAUUUAAGGAGCCUCUGACGUCCUCCAUCUACUUCAUGGGUGUCCUGGUGGGGACAUUCAUCUCUGGCCAGCUGUCUGACAGAUUUGGUCGGCGGCCCGUGCUCUUCGUAAUGAUGGUUCUGCAGACGCUUGCUAUCCUCGCACAAGUCUUCUCCCCCAGCUGGGAGGUCUUCUCCGCUAUCUUCUUCUUUGUUGGUUUUGGAGGGUUUUCCAACUACGUGGUGGCUUACGUUCUAGGCUCUGAGAUCCUCAGUCCCAGGAUGCGGGUAAUGUUCUGCUCCCUGGGGGUGUUUAUGGGCUCUGGAAUUGGCCAGAUGGCCAUGCCUUGUGCCGCCUACUUCCUCAGGGACUGGCGGAGCCUGGUGCUGUCCAUGGCUGUCUCUGGAGUAAUCUACAUACCCCUCUGGUGGUUCAUCCCAGAGUCCCCCCGGUGGCUGCUCUCUCAGGGCAGAGUGGAGGAAGCUGAGGCCAUACUGAGGAGAGCUGCCAGACAGAACAAGGUGGACGCUCCUGAUGUCAUCUUCUCUCCAACAGAGGUUGCAGAUGCUCACGAGCGGCAGCAGAAGAAACACAACUUCCUGGAUAUCCUGCAUAGCUGCAACAUGGUGUCCAUCAUCACCCUCUGCUCUCUGCUGUGGAUGGUUAUUACCAUGGCCUACUACGCACUACUCCUUAACACCAACAACCUGCAUGGAGACCCUUACGUCAACUUCCUCCUAUCUGCUGUGGUCGAGCUUCCUGCUUACAUCAUAGCCAUGCUGCUGCUGAGGUACUGCCCACGCAGAUUCUGUCAGUCCUCCACCCUGUUCCUAGGGGGCGCCAUCAUCCUCUUCAUUCAGCUGGUGCCUGCAGGUUAGACACCACAGAUAAACUUCCCUCUAUUCUGACAUUCUCUCUCUCCAUACCCUCUCCAUCCUGACAUUCUGUCUCUCUAUUUCUCUCUCUCGUGACACCCUCUUUCCAUCCUUACAUCGUCUCUCCAUCCUGACACACUCUCCAGUCAAAUAAAUCAUUCUUUAUUGGCAUGAAUUUGUUAACAUUGUUGCCAAUGCCAUAUAAGAUUGAACACAAUACAUUA